UUGACCACGCCCCAGGAACACUAAGCAAGGGGCGUCGCUUGCCGGCCCCACCUCUCGGCUGAAUCGGGACAAACCAUUUCCAUUCGUCGUACCGGGUAGGGAGGCCGGAGAGAAAAUCUCUGGCCUGUAAAGGAUGGAAGCUGCUCUUCCCUUUCCCUGAGAAGUGCCCGUAGAUCCCUCCUGAGGUGUGAGUGUGAGCUAUGGCACCGUUGCUAAUUCGGGCUUGCGGGCCCACUCACACUGCGGAGCCUAAGAUUGGAUCCUCCCUCAGCGCUGCGUUGGUGCCGGCCGGCCUGGUCACGCGGGCGGCAAGAUGGCGGCCCCCAGAGCGCUGUAGCAGUGUCGCGGUUGGUGAAGUGUUGGUGGCAGCGGCCGCGGAGCGGGCGGUCCGGUGGAUCCUCCGAUCUGGUUCUCAAGCUGAGAGGCCCCUGGUUUAGCCCAAGUUGGGAGGAAGGCAGCAUCGCCAUGGUGACAGAGCAGGAGGUGGAGGCAGUGGGGCAGACACUGGUUGACCCCCAGCAGCCCCUGCAGGCCCGCUUCCGGGCACUGUUCACACUGCGUGGGCUCGGGGGUCCAGUGGCCAUUGCCUGGAUCAGCCGGGCCUUCGAUGAUGACUCAGCCCUGCUCAAACAUGAGCUGGCCUACUGCCUGGGCCAGAUGCAGGACCGGCGGGCCAUCCCCGUGCUGCUGGACGUGCUGCGGGACACCCGCCAGGAGCCCAUGGUGCGCCACGAGGCAGGGGAGGCCCUGGGGGCCAUUGGGGACCCAGAGGUGCUGGAGAUCCUGAAGCAGUACUCUACUGACCCUGUCGUUGAGGUGGCCGAGACAUGCCAGCUGGCUGUCCGGCGGCUGGAGUGGCUGCAGCAGCACAGUGGGGAGUCAGCAGUCCGGGGGCCCUACCUCUCUGUGGACCCGGCCCCGCCUGCUGAGGAGCACGACCUGGGGCGGCUGCGGGAGGCGCUGCUGGACGAGGCCCGGCCACUGUUCGACCGAUACCGAGCCAUGUUCGCCCUGCGCAACGCUGGAGGCAAGGAGGCCGCCCUGGCACUGGCCGAAGGUGAGGAGGGGCUUCAGGGGUCGGGGUUGGGGCCCUUGGGGAGGCCCUGUGGCCAUAUCUGUUGCAUAGAGCUGCAUAGCAUCCUGGGGCAGGUGCUUUUAUUACCCCCACUUCCCCGUGGUGGGAGCCUAGGCCCAGAGAGGCAGAGGGACUUGUCUAAGGUCACACAGCAGUCUGAGCUGCAGAGUUUGGGUUUGACCCUAGGGGCCCCCAUUACCGUUACUGGUGGCAUUUUCAUCUCAGCUCUGCAGGGAGCCCUGUGCAGGUGUGAGGGGCUGUGGCUCCUCCAGCAGAAAAGAAGAGGAGGGGCCUCCGGGAAUCCUGGGGUCCCUUGCUCCCCUCCCCCACGCCUGAGGUGGCUGCUUUCAGUCCACAGAGCGCUCAGAGCCCCUCUGUCUUCCUGGAGCUUCCUGUCUGGCCAGGGAGGUGCUGGGACAUCACCACCACAUGGACCCGGGGCGGGAGUGCAGAGCGGGCAGGUGUGGGUUUGUCCUUGCUUGCCUGGAGCAGCAGCUGCACAGUCAGGCGGGCUGGCCUCCGAUCCCAGCUCUGCCUCCAGAGGACACCAGAUCACAGGCAGGUCACUCCCAGGUCCGAGGGUUGGGGCCCCAUCAGGAGAAGUGUGGCCCCUCUGUGUGGCUCUGCUGGUAAAAGACCUGGGACUCUGCCUGUCAGGGUCACCAAGACUCUACAGAGUGUGGGGAUCGUGCGGGAGAUGACCCAGAAGCACAAAUGUAUAAG